AUGGACAUAGUGGACAACUUUCCGCUGCGAUUAAACCAGCGAGCGGAGCUCUGUGCAGCAAAGCCAGGUCUAGAGUUCUUUGCUGAAGCUUAUAAUAAGGGUUCUAAGAGCGAAGCUGAAGCUUGGAUUAUCGCCACUAACUCCGAGUAUGUCGUCAAAGGGAUAACCGAAUGGCUAUCAACAUGGAAGAGGAAUGAUUGGCGCACGACUAAAGGUUCUAAAUCAGCAAAUUUGGAUCUGUUCGUCGCCCUCGAUGGCGUAAUAACAAAGCACGAGGCGGAGAACGUGAAGAUUGGGCUCUGGCACAUUCCAAGGGAGCAUAACAAACUAGCCAAUCGUCUUGCGAAAGCGGCUGCAGUCCUCAGUGAUAAAGCUAGGAAUGAGGCUAGGAUGUAG